AUGUCGUUCAGAACUUCUGAGGGUACCACAUUCUCGGGAACAAGCACCAUUGGCAUCAAAGGAACAAUUGGGUAUACUCCUCCAGAGUACGGAAUGGGCAGUGCAGCGUCGAAAGAAGGUGAUGUGUACAGCUUCGGAAUUCUACUGCUGGAAUUGUUCUCCGGGAAAAGACCCACCGACCAAUUGUUCGAAGACGGUCGAAAUCUUCGAGACUAUAUGACGGCGGGGCUGCCAGAUACGGUAUUUGCGGUGCUGGAUCCAGUGCUCUCUCCCGGUGGAGACAUAACUGAGGCGGCGGAGAUAUGCGGAGGUGAAGCAAUCACAGAAUUGGUCGAACUGCAACGCAGAGAGAUAAACUACAGAGAGGCGAGCUUAAUGAGGUCGAGUCAAUACCUCAAUUGCAUGAAGUCGGUCGUCGAAAUCGGGAUAGCUUGUUCUCUGGAAUCGGCGACACAACGGAUGAAGACGGCGGACGUCUACCAUAGGCUAGAGUGCAUUAGAGAUGCUUUUACCGCAAAUACCAUUCGCCGUCGACCCAGAGAAUGGCCGGACCGGUCGUAA